CGCUCUACAAAAAAAAAAGACGUUACUUUAUCUUGUAAAACUGUAAUUCAUAUUGAAAAAUGAUCCAACAAUUGGGCCUACUCAAGUGUGUGUGACUAAAUUGAUUUUUCGGAUUAAUAGGUAAAAUCUUGUUUAAAUUGCAGGAACACGAAACUCAUAUAUCACCCGUUAUGCCUAUGUUAACUUUAUAUGUAAUUAUAGAAUAGAUAAAUAAAUAGUCCUACAAAUUAAGAACCGAAAUAAAAAUUAAAAACCGAACUGAUAUGAAGUUUACAAAAUAUCCGUUGACGAAAUUUAAUUUAAAAAACACAUUUAUGGUUACUACGUCAUAUUAGUAGAUAGGUAGGCAUUAAAAAAAGUUGCGUAAAUUUAAGUUAAUUUAGGACACAUUUAAGUUUACCCAAAUUUCAUUAUUUAAUCAUCCCAUCGGCAUUCCUCAGGCCCAGGUCUCAGCAUAGGCUUGCAUAGACUGUUCACUGUUAGACUAUACUGAUACUAUAUAUAUAUUUUGCCUACAUUAUAUUAAUUUAUAUUUAUAUAUUAUAAUAUUUAACUAUUGUUAAUAGUUAAUAAUUUACCAUUAUGAUAUUUAAUUUAUCCAUCCAUGAUAAAGUUAAUGAAGCCUUAAUAAAUACAUUUUUGUCAUGAAGUGUAGGCCUACUUAUGUUGUUUUCAAUACUCAUACUCCCUUCCCUAAUAAUUUUACAACUUUUUUUAUAUUUUAUUUUUAUGUCAUAAUGUGGAAAAUUACAUUAGGCUAUUUCAGAUUUAGCGGCCCACCACGACUUUGUUUUGGAUUCACUCCCUUUAUUUUUUCGUUAAUAGAGUUACAUUUUCAUUAAUAUGACGAUGGCACGUUUUAAUUAAAUUUUUAUUGAUUGAUUAAUUAUAAUUUUACUAUUUCAUUGGUUGGCUAAUUAUAAUAUUUUUAUGUGUUCCGCCAUUUUUGAAAAUGCAAAAUAUUACAUCAUGACGGUAUGGUGCUUUAUUCAAUUUCUGGAUAUUCUUUUCCGUGGAACUUGAAAUAACGUGUGUAAAAGUGAAACCAUAUACGUCACAGCUACAUCUCUUUGCAUUUACCAAGACCAAGCCUUGUGUAUGGCCCUCAAAAUUGAGGGUGGGGGAGGGGGGUCCCUAAACACAUGCCUGCUUUGCCUUUUGAACUUUAGUUAAUCAGGCACUAAAGGUCGUGCCCCACAGUCUUGUCAAUAUUGGUCCUGAGUCUAAGUGUGCUGAGACACUAAAAUCUAAAAAAUCAGUAAAGUAAUGAGCAGAUGGGAAAAAAACUGUUUGCUUCAACUUUGAAAAAGAAUAACUUAGAAAUUGUUUUAUAGGCCUUAAUUAGUAUUUUGUUUGGCAAUUAGUUUAUGGGCUAUAAAUCACCACUUAUAAUACCUUUUUUUCCUGAGAGCAAGUGAAGUUGUUACGCUUUCAUAUCAUUGGUCACUUCCAUGGUUUGGGUAUCUAAACAUGGAUUGUAGGAUGAUACCAUGGAUUAAAAGGAAAAAAACUCGUUCAGAUUGAAAGUAUAUUAUUUUGAAAAAGAUGUAUAUAUUAGGGUCUUUUUUAAUUAGUCCUAAUUAAAAAAGUUGAAUUGAGAUAAGAAAAGUUAAACAGUAAUUAGGAAUUCCCCAAGAAAAGUGGGAGAUCUCCAAUGCAACUCACUGUUUUAAAAAAUGUGGACACACCUCAUAUUGAAGUUCUGUUUAAAACAGAUUCAGAUAUCAAUCAUCAAGUCGACUAUUUUUGCUUCUUGACUACUAAUUAUAUUAAGCUAAGACUUUGAGUAGGCAACUAUGAGUGCUGUUUUUUAGUAAAUUUUAGUUAACAAUAACAAAAUUUCAUAUUUGAUACAAAAAGUGUGAAACAUUUAGAAAAUCAAAAAAAAAACUGUGUUGUUGGUGGCUCUUGAUUAAGUUAAUUCACAUUUCCAGAAGGGUCUUCAUAAAGAGGGAAAUAGCCUCUGAUGAUUGAAUUUCUAGACUUUAAGUUCUGGAGAUUUCUGAGUUCCUCACUAUAAAUAUGAUGGUCAAUGGUGAACGGCAGACUUACUUACAAGACCUGUUAGAUUUUUCACUGUAUGCUUGUAAAUUAAUAUUUGUACCUUUCUUGUAUUAUACUUUUUCACUUGCUGUGCCAUAGGUUAAUAUUGUUUUUAUUUCUGUAUAUUUGAUUUUGUAUUUUUAUAUCCACUUAAAAAGUAUAAUUAAAUUGAUAAUUGAUUAUAUUACCAGCUUUGGUAUAGUUUUUCUUGGUAAACUGGUUUUCAGUCCUUUGUUAUGGGUAUCUUUCAUCUAACGAGUAAAAUUUUAAAACCAUAGAUUAAAUUUGUUAAACCGUAUAACAGUAUGUAACACAAGUAAUGAGAGGUUUUCCAAUAAGUUAUUGAUUCAUGCAUAUUUGAUAGGCUCCGUGGGUCAAAACAGACUAUGUUAACGAGAAGAAACUGAAAAUAAAAUUCUUUGGCCAGUUUUAAUACUUAUUGUAAUCCAAUAUUAGUGUUUUUAUUUAUGUUUGAAGUAAUUCUUCAAUAAAAAUAUUUUCUCUACGAGUAUCUAUGUGUACCUUAAAAUGAACUUUAGUUUUUCUAUGGAUGCCAAAUGCCCUCAGUGUGCCCCUGGAUAGAGUAACUCACUUUAAUAAAAAUAUUUUGAGGAAACAUGUAACCUCAACUUCAUGAAGUCAAGUAAUAAAACCCAUUCAAUUUUUUAUUUGUCACAAAUAAUUGUGUCCCUGUUCAUGGAUACAAUAAGAAAGGGGGGGGGGGGAGUGUUGCCAGUGGUAGAGCAGAAAAGGGGAGAAACGAAUAUAUUUCCAAUAAUUGAUUUAAAAUGUAUUCUUACUGCUACAUAGUAAUAAAACCCAUUCAUUUUUUUAUUUGUCAAAAAUAAUUGUUGCCCUGUUCAUGGAUAAAAUAAGAAAGGGGGGGGGGGGCGUGUUGCCAGUGGUAGAGCUGAAAAGGGGAUAAACGAAUAUAUUUCCAAUAAUUGAUUUAAAAUGUAUUCUUACUGCUAGAUACUGAACACACUGCAUGUUUAUGUGCUCCUUUGGAUUUAAAUUUUCAUUAACUAGUUUAUAAGAUAUUUUAACAAUUUUAAAAAAAAAUUUUUUGCAAUGCAUUUUUUUUUAAAUGUAAAAAAUAAUGCAUAUUAGACUAAAAAAAAAAUCAGUGGAGAGAAAUGUGUCAGUUGAGAUGAUGUUAAAACCCAUUACCGUUUGAGUAUUAUUAAGUUAAUUUGGUUUAUUUUUUUUAUGAAAUUGUUUCAGAAAAUUUUUAAUUGUUUAACCUAUUUGUUUGUUAACGAUAAUUAGCUUAUGGCAUUAAUGUUUGUUUACAGAGCUAAGCAGUGACUUUAAAUACAGAAUUUUUGUAUAGGGAUGGACUUAGAUGAUUUAAAAAUGUAACUAGUGUAUACCAAAAAUUGGCAAAUGCUGGCUGAAUAUGGUCCAAAACAUCAAUUUGUGAAUUGAUACCCACACAAGUUUUAAAACUUAAUGAUUUUAUUAAGAAAUGAUAAAUUAAAUGCAUAAUCUACAGAUAUUUUUGAAACAAAUAUGAUCAAGCUCAUAUAUCAUAUACCGGUACAUACAAACAUGUGCUGUAUGUAAAUUAUGCUUUGACUGUGAUGGCUAUAAAUCACUGUCACAUGCUGCCGGUUAGAAACUGUAGACUUUUGUGUGUGGUCCCAAGGAUAAAAGUUUCCCCACCUCUUCUGUAUAAUGCUUAAGAUGUAUACUUUAAAAACAAAUCCCAUAAAAAUCUUAUUCCAAAUAACUUUUCAACAGAUUUCAUUUAAGACAAUCAUCACUUCACCAAACGAUGGACGAAGAACUGGAUGAGUUAUACUCAGAUGUUUUCCAAAUACCUGGAGGAGUCAGUGUAAAAUCACAAGUGUCUCCAAAAAAAAGAAAGAAUUUAUCAAAUGGGGUCAGAAUUUCUCAUGGCUUUGAUGAAUGUAGUGUGGACAUUUACAGUGACCUGUCCAUGGAUAGCGUAAUUCAUACAGAAAAGAAUUAUAAAACAAGCCCUUUGAAAUUGAAGCCUUUUUGCACUUUGAACAAGGUAAAACAUAACACUGCUUUUUGCUUUGUAAAGUUAUUUUCGAUUUUAAAAAUGAUUCUACUGAUGUGUGUAGAUUUUGUUUAAACAUUGACUCUGUUAAAAGACUCUAAGUUCUUUACAAAUUUUAUUUGCUGUUAAUUUUUAAAAGAUUAAUAAUAUAUUGUGCAAAGUUUUAAGGGUUCUUAUAAGAUUCAAGAAAGACAAGUAAAUAAUAUUUAAUGUUUCCACUUAAAAUUAUAAAUGUUUUGAUGGUUUAAGUUAUAUUAAGAAUAACCAUUUAUGUUGAAAAUGUGAUUAACUGUUUAAGAUUAUCUUUAUUAAAGCCUGAAGGAAAUGGGGAGCUUGAAAAGAAUAUAGAGUGCCUAGAUUUAUACACUGAACUAUUAACUUCUGAGUUGACAGAAAAAGAAAAGGUAAGAAACCAUUUUUAAAACAAUAGGGUUCCACAAUUUUACUGUUCUUUCUUUAUUAACUGAAUACAAUAUUUUGUGAUUUUAAUAAAGAUUUCCACUGAUUUUUUUUUUAAAAAGGGCGUCUUAAAAAUUUCAAAUGUUAAAAAUCAAUAAAUGUUUAUAAACUACGCAAGCUAAAUUGUUUAUAAAAAUUUAUUUGCAGACAAACCAUCGUGUAAGAGAGUUGGAGAAAGUAAAUCAAGAGCUUCUUGAAGAAAACAAAAUGCUUAAACAGUUGAAGGAACAAUUGAGUAAAAACAUCUCCUCUCUCUUUCUGACAGCAAAAAAAGAAAUGGAGAAAAAGGAGGCAGAAAUAACAAAACUGAAGUGUGUCAAAUUUUUUGUUACAAACAUUUUCUACACAUGAGUAUAUAAGAUAAUAUUUUUAAAAUGUAGAAUUUUCAGGAGCAUUAUUAGAGCAGUUUGAUUUUAUGUUUGAGUUCCGGUGCACUAAACUAUUUAAAGUGAUAUACUUUCUGAGUGGUACCUUACUUCUUUGAUGUGAAGCUAAACGGGUCCAAAAAUGGCAGAAGUGCAAUUAAAUCAGGUGUUGGUGAACUGGGGUAAAUUAUCCCAAAUGGGGUACAAAUUAAAAUCUUAAUGGUAAUGAGGGCUCAAUAGACAGAAAUAAAAUUAUAUUAAAAGUGCGUUCCUUUUAAUGAAAGAAUAUUCUUCUGGCAACACUACAUCUCGCCCGUUAAAUGGUGAAACGCACCAAACAUUUUGUGACUACUACUGGCUCUGCAGCUAAUAUAACCUCUUAUCUUUUCUUGAAUAAGUCAUCUUGACCUAGUCACCUAUUUUAUCUUAUGCUCAAAGGCAUCAAUAGAGUUGGUUUAAGAAUGAUCAAUAAACUCAUGAUGUUACCCCCUCCAGAUAUUCCCAUGGACCUUCUCCAAGGUCUGGCUACUCUGGUGGCACCCUGUACUGUGGCAUCCUUUUCAUAUGACACCCCAGUCUUGUAUAACUGAGAUCUGUUAUUACAAUAACUUGUUGAGCUCUGUCAGAUUACUAUUUUACAUAGUGAGGGUGUCACCCGGUGAGGACCCCUUAUUGGCGCUACUGUUUAUAUGCUCAAAAUGUCAAGAGCUCCAUAGGCUUUCAAAAUUGCACAUGAAGAAGUCAUCAGUGGUUGCUGCCUUUUGCAACUACAUAUUUUUAGUUACAAGGAUCUUCCAUACAAAGUAACAUAAAAACAAAGCAGAUUAAUCAAAAGAUAAUUGAACCACGAUUACAUUAACCAAAUCGCUCAGUCUCUCCCAAUUUUGAUGUUAUUUAUCAAAUAUAAAACAUAAUUUCUCCAAAAUUUUAAAUAACAAUUUUUUCAAAGAAACCUUGUGUCUAUUAUAAGUAAUAUUUUUAAAAUCACGUUAAUUUUAUAUUUUUAUAUAUAUGUGUAUUCUCCAUAUAAAUAUAUUUCAUAACCACUCUGAAUUUAAUUUAUAUAUGAUUUUCUUACUUUCCUUUCAAAUCAUAGGAGCCAAAAGGAUCAAUAUAUUCUUCGUAGAAGAAUAAGAAAUCGGGGGUAAUUUAUUUUGGGAUAAUUGCUAAAAAUCUUCCCCAACCCCUGAAAGACACAUUGCUUGUUUUAAAAUUGAGAGUACAUGAUCUAAAAAUUUAAGACCUAUAAUUUUCACUUUAAUUGUAUACCAUCAUUUCUAACAAUACAUUUCCUUCAACAGAAAAAUUAUAGAAGAACAUGUCACAGCUCAGCAAAGAGACUCUACUCCUAAUGCCACCUUCAAAUCUACCAAAGUAAAUGCUGAAAAUAAUGACAGAAAAUACAUAUCUAGUGACAGGUGUAAAACUUCAUCUAUCCCAGACAAUAAGCCAGACUUAGCUGUAACAAGAGAAGCUAUUUUCAGUGCAAGACGCUCGCCUCUAAAACAUGAGGGUAAUAAAAACAAAAUAAGUUUAAUUUCUGCUGACAAAUCACACCGUGAUUCAGACAAAGUUAAAGUACAGACUUUUCCACCCAAGGAAGCCAAGGGCGUUGAAAGAAAUGACAGUGACCAUAGCAACACUGAUUUGAGGUUAAUGCUGAAGAGCAGACAGCAGGAGAGCCCAGGUAUAUUUCCACAAAAUAAGCAGAAAGAAGAAGAGACAUCCAGGAAAAUUAUACUACAACACAACAGGUCCAAGGAAGAUGAGCCUAAAGCAGUAAAAAUGCCUGGUUCUGAAUGUCUUAUUAGGAGACCAUCACAUAAGCAAAACAAUGAAGGAAUCACCCCCACUAAAGAAAUUCUAGCAGCUUCUAAAAAACAACUGGAGAGUGUAUCACCUUCUACAAAAAAAAGGAGACUGAGCGUCUCUGAUAAGAAACCUCACAGUGAAAUAAGAGACAGAUUACAGCAAGAAAUUAACCAAUCAUAUUCUCUCGCUGCAUGCAAGGGUGUGGCUGCUCGUCGGAAAUUAAAAGAUUCUUCAUCUAAUGAUGUCUCUAAAGAUGCUAGUACUCAUCACUUUGCGUCGCCUGGCAAAUUGAAAUCCAUAGACAGACUGCAGCAGUUUUCAUCAGAUAAAAAAAAUCCUGAAAUGGUGGUAAAAGCCAAGGAAGGGAGUGGAUUAAACUCGAAAUUUCAUGGGUCAUCACUAGAAGUUCCAAAUGUCAAAGUGUCCAAUUUUGAUAAGAAAACAAGUGAAAAAAAUUGUGUUGCUCCAAGACCUCAGGUCAAAUUGAACAGAGGAUCAGAACUGACAGUUAAUCACAAUAACUUUUCAUAUAACACAAAGAUUACACCAAGCUUAACUAAUUCUCUCAACCUUCAAACACAUUCUCUUAAUUGCGUGGGAAAUUCUUCAAAAUCCUCACCAAAAUAUUCUGACCAAAAUUUGAAGAGUGCAAACCAAAAAGUCUCAACUCCUUUAAAGAAGUCAUGCAACACGGCAACAACAAGGAAAAAUGAAAUGGUAUCAGCUGAUCAUGAGUCCAAUAGUGUAACGCAGCCAUUUAGCCUUCUAAAGGAGGACAUUUCAAACCCUGCAAAAGAUUUAGCUUUAACAAAUCAAACAUGGUCAUUUGAACAUGUUGCUUGUAGCAGCAGUGAUAAGAAAGGGUUUCACACUAAGGACAGUAUACAUGCAGCCCCCCAAAAUAAAACCAUCAGAGCUUUUCCUAUUGUUGAGAUGACAGUUACUCCAACUGCAGCAAAGUCACCAUCACUUUCUUCCUCAUUUGUGGACAUAGAAUCAAUUUCUGAUGAACAAGAUGAGAUAGAAACUAAUAGGAAUGAUAACAAAAGCCAUUCCAUAGAAGCCAGACAUGGUAAUCGGGUUCACUGCAACAAUUUUCACAUGAACAAUGAUGCGUCCAAAUUGCUUCCUGAAAAACAUGCAACUAAUAUAGAAAUUGACCUUGUUUCUAUUAAUGAUGAAGAUACAGAUGACUCUGAAACAGACUUGGAUCCUAAAAAUCUCUUUGAACCGAAACCUGAUAGAUCUGAAAAGAUGUACAAAGCCAUUGCCAAGUCUGACAACUCCAACGACUCAGAUAAAACUAGCAUUGGUAGUAGUGCAGCGUCCACAGAUACAGAUAAACAAUCAUCGAAUGAUGAGUUGACAAGCUCAAAUCAACAUGCUGUGCCUAAGAUUGAAUGUUCCUUAGCCAGCUCACCAACCAGAUAUGUCACAAGCAUUACUUGUACUUCAAAUCUUAUUUUGCUUGGUGAUGAAGAGACGACAUGCACCACAUUCAUAAGUCCCUCUAAGCCACAUUUGUUGCCCUCUGAGUUUUACCCCCCAGGUGUCAGAGGUCAGGUCAGUGAUAAAAGCUUUCAUGUAAGACACAUCCGUGGACAACCUGAAGUAAUACAUAAAUCCAAUAAUGGGUCCCCAAAAAAUGAGGAAUUGAAGCAAUCCAGAGUUCCCCACAGUGAAGACAUGGUGGUUGAAGAAAAUAGUACUUGCAAGAAACAGUUACCAACAUCAACAGAUGAGCCUUCUCCGUUAAUCAAUGCUGAAAAUAAAACAACCAAAAUUAUUAAUGGUGAUCAUCUUAAAAACAUUGGUGAACUACAGUAUUCUCAGGAUUCAAUUCAUGAAGUAACAGCUAUUAUUUCGACAGGUAAUUUUGAAGGUUUGAAAACUUUGGAAGCAAAAACAGAUGACUUAGAGAGUUCUGGUUGCGACAGGCAGUUAUGGAUGAAUGCUGUUCAAAAAACAUUUCAAAAGGUUUUUCAGAAUGAACUCCAAUCAUUUAAAGACGGUAACGUCAUUUACUCUAAGCCAUUAAGAAAAUUUAACAGCAACAGAUAUGAAUUGUACAAAAAAAGGUUAAAUCUCUUACGUAAAGCUAAACCAGCUUCCUUGCCGCGUAAGGUUCUCCUAAUGAAGCAGCCUAUUCUAAAAGGCCAACAACAGAUUUUUGAGGGGUCUAGACUUUUGGGGAGCUCACCUCUUAAAAGAAACCCCUGUAGUCCUAAUAUACCCAAUUUAAGCAAAUCUGAUAAUGCGCUCCCUGCUACUAAUCAACCUAAGUCACUUACAGUUUGGGAUCCACUGAAUGAAAAAUGCAAUGACCUUAGGGAAACUGACUACGUCCCUCUUUUGGUGGAUAAUGAUCAGACCGCUCACGAUACUUGCAUAGUAACAUCUUCUGACCACUCUCUUGUAUCAGUCAAAUCUAGUGAAAGCUGCACUGAUAAAAAUAAAAUGAGCCAUUAUGAGCCAGAUAGUACCAGUGACAGCCGGAGUGGAAUCAAACAUAAAUCACAAGACUUCUUAGUCACAAACAAGGCUGAGGUGACAAGUGACAAAAGUAUUCCUUUAAAGAAUGAUAAGACAUCACUCAAGAAAGAUAAGAGUGACUCCAGAGUGAAUGAUGCCAGUCAUCAUGUGACUUCUGUGAAAUCCUCGAUAUCCUUAACUGACCAGCUUUAUUUAAGUGAUGAUGAUACUGAUAUUGAAGAUAAUUUUAAAUUUAAAGAGGACAUUAUUUCCACAAAGGAAAACUCAAAAGCCUUCACAAAUUUAAAAGACGACAUCACGGAAGACAAAGCACUCAACAGAAAGCUAUUGAAGUCGCCACCUGAUAAUAAUGUUCACCGGGUAUUGCUGAGAGAGGAUGAUGGCGUUGGAUGCCUUGCCAAUGCAACCAAGCCUUUACGAAGUGGAGGACAAAGCAUGGUUAGAAAAUGUCAUUCUGACAUAGAGCUUAUCUUAAACACAACAUUCAGUGUAUCUGACACAGAGGAGGAUGAUCUGGAGAGCAGGGUAGAUGAAGAUAAAAAUAGUUUGCCUAAAUUCAACAUGGAUUCACAAACAGUACUGGCACCUGAUGAGAUUAGUUUGAUGGAAGUAAGCUUAUCAGAAUUUGACAGUGAUGUUGCACAAGCCAGAAAAGGGACUCCUGUUAAGAAUAUAAAAUCACAUCAACAGAAUGUGUAUGUUUCACCUCUGUCUUUCAAAAAUAAGAUAAUGCCACAUCACAUUGUAACGGAGCAUCAAAAUCCAAAAUUUCAAGAUGAAUUGAAAGAAACUCUCCAGGCCACAGCCAGGCCUAGUAAAAUGUCAAUAGAUGACGUGAGUAAAAAACUGCUUUCCCAAAAAUUAAAAGAUCUCGACCAGCAAACGGCACACACUUCAACUUCAAGUGAUAAAACAGUGGGGAAAAACUCACAGCAAUUUUCUCUUGAUGGUGGUGAAAAAUUGUUAAAAGAAAAUCAACCAUGUUAUGUUUUACUGAGCAGAAUUAUGACAUUUGAGGAACUUAAAAGAAACAAGCUUGUAAAAAACAGGUACGUUUAUACUGAGAGUGAUACGGAUGAGAGAUCUGACACAGCUGAUGAUCAUACUGAAGCAGACGGCACGUCCUUGCCAGAAGGUAGAUCAAAUGUGAAAUUGUCCUCUGAUCAAAAAGAAUUUAUUCAAAAGAUCAGCAAAGUAAAAAAGAAACUUGACCUUGAUUUUGUAAAGGACGGGCAUUCUAAAACCCCAGAAUCCCUUCCUUUUCAAAGUCCAAUCCUUCAAGUAUCUGACUCCAUGCUGAGCCCACCUGUCAAACAAGUGGCAGGGGAAGAUGUGUUGGAUCUCAGUAAGGUAAAGACAGAAUACCAAAGUAGCCCAAACUGCAGUUUGAAUGUAAGCACAGAUGAAAGAAAGCUUGAGAAGAUACCAAUUAUAAAGGCAUUAUUUACAGACAACAAAGGAAAUAAAAAUGGGGAAGCAUUAACUGGCUGUUUUUCAAACUCAGUAAAAAACCAAAUCCCAAACACUGAAGCUGUCAGAAAUUCCAACACAAAACAAUAUUUAAAGGGAUCAAAGCUGUGCCCUGAAUAUGUACCGGUAUUGAAAUCAAAAUCUGCUGAUAUUGAAGAUGGAGAAAUUUUUGAAGAAAACUUAGCCUGUUCUUCAAAACAGAAUUCAUUCAUUAAUGAAAGAGACGAGCUUGAAGCCGUCAUCAAAAGAGAGUUUAAAAAGCCACAGAAAAUGAAUGUUAAACAAUCUGACUUGACACACAGCAGUUCGCCUGAGCUGACACACAGCAGCCAUAGAUCAAACAGUUAUCUUACAGAUUGCGCGUUUUCAGACAGGGGGAGGAAAAGAUCAAGGUCACCAUCACCUAACCAACGCUCUUCAAGCAGGCCAGUCAAACACCCAAGAAAAUCAUCCCCUAGGUUAUCAAGAGUAUCCUCCCGGGAGGAUAUUUACAGGAGUAGACAAAGAUGUAGAGAUGGUAAAGAUGUAACAAAUGAGAUAUUUAAGGGCUGGGUGACUGAUAGCAUCAACCCUGAGAAGAAAACCAGCUAUUCUAACUUUUCCAGAGACAGAAGCCCUCAAAAACGUGGGCAGAGAUCUUAUAGUAAUCGAAGUAGACAACUUGCAAGAGAAAGGAUGGCUGGUGAAGAUACCAGCCGUUAUUUUGGACAAAAGAAAAAUUCACCCACAAGAUCUCAUGAAAGGAAUGAAGAAAAAAAUAGUUACAGAGGGAAUAGAAAAAUCUUUGAUAGAGCUUUAUCCCCAAAGGAGCAAGAUAAACUAAAGUCAUCAAGGUUACAAUCCAACCACAGAGGCUACCAAAGGAGGAGUCCUAGCAACUAUUGUUCUAAUAAGGAAAAAACAGCAUCUUUGCAGCGGAUAUCACCCCCAAAACAUAGUAAUGACAAAAACUUUUGUGAAAGCCAUUUCAAGAAUCAAAGGUCUAAAUAUUCUGAAGAAGAAAACCAAAAGCCCCAUAGUUCAAAAGAAAGCUGGAAGAACUUUAGAGAAGUGAGCCCAAAGAGAGAAAUUUCUGAGAAUGAACUUACUUCAAGGGGAAAAUAUGAAAGUAGCAUUGGGUCACAAUUUGGAAUCUCAUCAUCUUUAAAAUAUAUUAAAUCAGAAGUACCUGGAUCACAAUAUGAAGAUGAAAGCCCUAUGCUGGAUAAUGUUGAAGAGGGCGAGCUAUCAGAAUAAACCACGGUCAACUCGUUCAACAUUUAAUUUAUGGAACAGGGGGUUGUCACGAUGUAGAUAAUGUAUCUGUGGAUUUGAUUAGUUUAUUUUCUCAGGGCCCAAUUUGAUCUAAACUUACUGAUAAUUUAAAAACAGAAAAAGAUGGCAGAUAUAAAUAAAUGCUAUCAAUAUUUAGAAUAAAUCUUCAUUGAAGUCUUUUUAGGUACAGCUUUAUCUAAAAAUUAAAACGUGCAUGAAGUUUUUUUUAUACUACAUUUAUUUUAUAAAAUAAUAUAUAUCAUUUAUCAUAAGAACAGAUUGAUUUAAGGCAAUAAAAACUCAAAAAGUUUCAUGUGUG